AUAUACUUCAUGAAGGAGAAGGCCGAUUCCGUAUCUUGCGCAGCCAAAGAAGCGAUGUUGAUAUUCGAGGACAUCGGGGACCGCAAGGCAAUGGCCAAAGCGUUGCACGGGCGUGCGCUCUCGUGCUUCUUGCGCGACGACUAUGCCGACAUGUUAAGUUUCGCUCAAGAGGCCUGCGACAUUUACAGGGAGUUGGGCGCGAAGCGUCUCGAGGUGUUCGAAUUCUCGGCGUUGGCACAGUUCUUCCUGCGUGCUGGGAAGCCUGCUAAGGCCCUGGCAGCGGCACACGAAGGGUUUGCAGUCAGUCGCGGCGUGGCGAGCGCGGGGAAGGCCCUUCAGGCGUUCCUGCUUCUGCUGAUCGUGGAAUCCCUGUCUGAGAUCGGUCGGAAGCGCCCAGCACUCAAGGCAGCCAAACAGGGCCUCGCACGCUUCCGCGACCUUGGCGAUCCGCGGGCGAACGCGUACGCUCUGCAGGUGGUGCUCUUCGCACAUUGCGAGCUGGAUGAGUAUGACGGGGCACUGGGCGCUGCAGAGGAGGCGCUGGGCGCCGCACGCGAGCUCUGCGACCAGCGGAUGGAGCUGGACCUGCACUUCUUGGUUGCGAUCGUGCAGCUGAGGCGUGGGGAGCCAGAUGCAGCGCUGGAGGCCAUGCGCUCUGCCCGAGAGAUUGGCAGCGGCCUCGAGGACCUCGAGGAAGAGGCGUGCGCCGAGCGCAUGGUGUCAGAGAUCUACCUGGAGCUGCUCGACACCGCCUCUGCGCUGAAGGCGGCGGCCAGAUCACGGAGGCUCUUCGAGCGGGCGGGCGACGCCAUCGGGGAGGCCAGCGCGCUCAUCCUGAGCUCCUUCGCUCACGCGCUGAGCGGCCAGCUCGGCCGUGCUGUCACGGCGGCGACCGAGGCGCGCGACAUCUACGAGGAGCAGGAGAGCGUCGCGGGCGAGGGCAUAGCGCUCCGCCAGCUCGCGGAGCUGCAGGUGCAGGCGGAGCGCUACGACCUGGCCUCGCAGGCGGCGCAGAGGAGGCUGGAGCUCUGGGAGGACGCGGGGAACAGCAAGGAGAUGGCGUACGCGCUACACUCGCUGGCCUCCGUGCACAUCGCGGGAGGCAGCCUGGAAGAGGCCGAGGGCAUGGCGCAGCAGGCGCUGGGCCUGUGCCGGGAGGUGGGCGACAGGCACCUGGAGGUGGGCUUGAUGCUGGAGCUCACGGCCAUACAGGUUAUGCGGAUGGACAGGGAGGCCUCCCCAGACGCGGCCGCCCCUUCGCCUGGCUUCGCGGCGGCGUGCUCCAGGGCUCUCAGGGCUGCGACCGAGGCUUUCGCCCUGGCCUGCGAGCACUGCGCGGGCGGGCAGGGCACCGGCCUGAGGGCACAGGCAGCGUUCUGGAGGGCGCAGAUGCUGUACUGCAGCGGAGGUGACUCCGAGGCGCUGCGGAUGGCGAGGCAUGCGGAGCGGCUGUUCAGCUGCAUGGGCCGCUCGGCGGCCGCGUCGGAGGCGUUGACGUUGCAGGCGUUUGCGUUGCUGGGCCUCGGGGACCGCAAGCAGGCCAUGAAGGCUGCUGAAGAUGCGCUGGUUCUUGCUAGGGCGUGUUGUGCCGCGGCCGCCGAGAAGUCGGCGAGCGCUUUUUUCGACCAGGUGCAGAGGGAUGACGCACGGCGGGAGCAGGCCGAGCAAACAGUUGCGAUACAGGCGCCAGGGCCGCUGCUGCCGCAGGCGGCUCCCGAUGAUGCUGGCGACAAGACUGCAGUGGUCCCGGCGGUUGAGGCUCCACCUGAGCCGAAAGGCUUGGACCCGGUCGUUGUGAGGGAACGCCUCAUGCAGAUGGUGCUCGACGCCAUCGCAUCGGAGGAGGAGGAUCUCCAGGUGGACACGCCGUUCAUGGACGCGGGCAUGGACAGCCUGUCCAGUGUCCAGUUCGUGACCGAGGUCUCGAGGGAGUUCAGCAUGAAGCUGUCGCCGUCCCUUGUAUUUGACUACCCCAACGUGCGCGGCUUUCUGGGCUACCUCGUGGAGGAAAGCAAGAAUGCGAGCCGCGCGUACUGACGCGCAGGGGGCCUGUCUGCCGGGGGGGGGCGCUGGCGGCUGC